GAUUCCUGUCUGCAGCGGAGGAGAGCAGCAGGAGAAGAAGAGGAGAGCCGAGCUGAAGGUCACAUCCAGAGCAUCAUCUUCAUCCUUCUCCUCAUCAUCGGUACCGAGAGCUGAUCGCUUAUCGCUGAGCGGACGUGAGACCGGCCUGUCUGCCUGAUUCUGCUCCGCUGUCUCUGCGCCUGUCUCGCCGCCAUGGGGAACCGCGGCAUGGAGGACCUGAUCCCGCUGGUCAACAAGCUGCAGGACGCCUUCUCCUCCAUCGGACAGAACUCCAGCCUGGACCUCCCGCAGAUCGCAGUGGUGGGGGGGCAGAGCGCGGGCAAGAGCUCGGUGCUGGAGAACUUCGUGGGCAAAGACUUCCUCCCUCGGGGUUCAGGUAUCGUUACUCGUCGUCCAUUGGUUCUUCAGCUCAUCAACUGUCCAACAGAGUAUGCAGAGUUCCUUCACUGCAAAGGGAAGAAGUUCAUCGACUUUGAUGAAGUUCGUCAGGAGAUCGAAGCAGAAACGGAUCGAAUAACCGGACAGAAUAAAGGAAUCAGUCCGGUUCCAAUAAACCUCAGAGUGUACUCGCCCAACGUCCUGAACCUGACCCUGGUGGACCUCCCUGGGAUGACAAAGGUUCCGGUUGGCGACCAGCCGGCGGACAUCGAGAACCAGAUCCGAGAGAUGUUGAUGCAGUUUGUGACCAAAGACAACUGUCUCCUGCUGGCGGUGUCCCCGGCUAACUCUGACCUUGCUAACUCCGACGCCCUGAAGAUUGCUAAGGAGGUGGACCCCCAAGGUCUGAGGACCAUCGGUGUGAUCACCAAACUGGACCUGAUGGACGAGGGGACAGACGCCAGGGACAUCCUGGAGAACAAGCUGCUUCCUCUACGUCGAGGUUACAUCGGGGUGGUGAACCGCAGUCAGAAGGACAUUGAUGGGAGGAAAGACAUCACGGCGGCUCUGCAAGCUGAGAGAAAGUUCUUCCUGUCGCACCCGUCCUAUCGACACCUGGCCGACCGCAUGGGCACCGCCUUUCUGCAGAAGAUCCUCAACCAGCAACUGACCAACCACAUACGGGACACGCUGCCGGCGCUACGCAGCAAACUGCAGAGCCAGCUGCUGUCCAUCGAGAAGGAGGUGGAGGAGUACAAGAACUUCAGACCAGACGACCCGGGCCGCAAGACCAAGGCCCUGCUGCAGAUGGUGCAGCAGUUUGCUGUAGACUUUGAGAAGCGGAUCGAAGGAUCUGGGGAUCAGGUGGAAACCUACGAGCUCUCAGGAGGAGCCAAGAUCAACAGGAUCUUCCACGAGCGCUUCCCCUUUGAGAUCGUCAAGCUGGAGAGUGAUGAGAAGACGCUUCGUAAGGAGAUCAGCUACGCCAUCAAGAACAUCCACGGGAUCAGGACGGGUCUGUUUACCCCCGACAUGGCGUUUGAGACCAUCGUGAAGCGCCUCAUCGCUCAGAUCAAAGAGCCAUGUCAGAAGUGUGUGGACAUGGUUAUCAACGAGCUGGUGAACACCGUGAGGCAGUGCACCCAGAAGUUGGCUCAGUUUCCGAUGCUCAGAGAGGAAAUGGAGAGAAUCGUUACUCAGCACAUCAGAGACAGAGAAAGUCGCACCAAAGGCCAGGUGAUGUUGCUGAUCGACAUCGAGUUGGCCUACAUGAACACAAACCACGAAGACUUCAUCGGCUUUGCAAAUGCUCAGCAGAAGAGCAGUCAGAUGAACAAGAAGAAAGCAGCAGGAAAUCAGGACGAGAUCAUGGUGAUCCGUAAAGGUUGGCUCACCAUUAACAACAUCAGCAUCAUGAAGGGAGGAGCUAAAGAGUACUGGUUCGUCCUGACAGCCGAGACUCUGUCGUGGUACAAAGACGAUGAGGACAAGAAGUACAUGCUCCCCUGUGACACCCUCAAACUCAAAGACAUCGAGGAGAGUUUCAUGUCCAGUAAACACAUCUUUGCUCUAUUCAACACAGAGCACAGGAAUGUCUAUAAAGAUUCUCGUCUGGAGUUGGCCAGUGAGUCUCUGGAGGAGGUUGACAGCUGGAAGGCUUCUUUCCUACGAGCCGGAGUGUACCCUGAACGCACCGUGGACAAAGACAAGGUGGAGGUGGAGGAGGCGCGGGGGGACGGGCAGAUCCACAGCUUGGACCCUCAGCUGGAGCGACAGGUGGAGAUUGUGAGGAACCUGGUGGACUCUUACCUGUCAAUCAUCCACCGCACAGUCAGAGACCUCAUCCCCAAGACCAUCAUGCACCUGAUGGUCAACAACACAAAGGAGUUCAUCCACUCAGACCUGCUGGCUCAGCUCUACUCCUGUGGAGACCAGAACACCCUGAUGGAGGAGUCCCAGGAGCAGGCUCAGCACCGUGACGAGAUGUUGAAGAUGUACCACGCUCUUCGUGAGGGUCUCCACAUCAUCGGUGACAUCAGCACCUCCACCAUCACCACGACGAUGCCUCCGCCCGUCGACGACUCCUGGCUGCAGGUGACGGGGAUGCCAUCAGGACGCAGGUCUCCCAUGUCCAGUCCAGUACCCCAGCGCCGGGCCCCCCCCGGGACUCCCCGUCAAGGUGGGCGCUCCGCCUCUGGCCCUCCGUCCCGUCCCGCCAUGUCACCUGAUCCUGGAACCCCCUCCAUCCCCUCCCGACCCAACCGAGCGCCCCCUCCCGGAGUCCCAAGUCGUUCCAGUAAAGGUAGCCCCGCCCACGGAGAGAGCCCCCAGUCUUCUAUUGAGGGUUAGCUUGAACCUAGUGUCUGUUCGUAUCUACUGGUCUGUAUUGAUGAUGUGUUACUGUGAACUUCAAGUAAUAAUGAUAUGGAUUAUCAGCACGUUAUGACACAUUAUAGCAAAUUAUCAGCAAUAUUGUGUGUUUUAAUAUGUGGUCCAGCUGUCAGGACAUUGAGACAGGUCAGGCCUGUCUGUCAUCAAAUCACAACAGUGGCAGAAACAUUUUACUCAAUGAUCAGGUUCAUAAAGCACUGAAGAGCUCCCACUCCUCUCUGGAUGUUCCAGCUGAUCUGGGAUAAAAACGAACUUUCACUUGAUUGUUUGUCUCUCUUGUACAAAUGCUGAUGAAAUGUUCUUGUUUAUGCUGAAAUGUUUUGGAAAUGUUGGAUUUUUUUCAGUGUAAAGUUACAUAGAUUUUUUUUACUUUUCAUUUAUUCUUAUAUAAUGAGAUAUGUAUUUAUUUAUUUCAUAAUAUGUUGAUAUUAUUGAUCAUAGUUGUCACCUUUAAUAUGGAUGUCCAAUUGGCGCAGGUGGGUAACAUCGUCCACAAACCGUAUCACCCAAAGGCCGCCGAGCUGUUCCGCUGUGACUAGAGGUCCCACGGUGCAGUGCAAGCGGCGAGUUGGAAUUAAGCCUUACAUCUUCAGAAUUAAAGGUUCAAACUGGUUAAACUGGUUUUUGAUUAUUGUAACUCUAACUUGAAUUUUAAAUUUCUCUAACUAGGUCCAAACGGUUAUAACCAGGUCUAGCUGGUUCUAAGUGGUUUUAAUGGGUUCUGACAGGUUCCAAAUGGUUCUAAAUAAUUUUAACUCUUUCAAGUUUUAUCCUAUUGAGACAGUUAGCAGUUUAAUGCUACAACAGCCAUCGAAAAUCUAGUGAGUCUGUAACUUCCCAUUUUAUUUAAUGUCGUUAAACAGAUUAAAAUUCUGUGAGUUUUUCUGAUAAGAUCAAUAUCGUUUUGAUUUAAUUUGUUGUUAAUAUGUAAUGUAUUAUAUUAUUUAUAUUUUGUCUCAGAAAAUAUUUCCAUGAAACCCACAAGGAAAGAAAUAAGUGUUUUACUUUCGAUCGACAAUUCAAAUGAAAAUAAAAUGUGAAGCAAUAUUGAUAGUUAGUUACAUUCCUCUGUGGUGUUUAUUUGGGUUUAUUAAAUGUCAUUGAAAGUGUUGCUAAAGAAUGAAUCCAGGAGAUUUUGAGAGUUUGUGGUCCCACCAUCAGCUUUUAGUUGGAAAUAUUAACGACAAGCUUUAUGAAUCUGAACUGUAACUGCUGAUCUAUUUAUUCUGCCUGUGUUCGUUGGUAAUGUGAUGCCGAUUAUGUUGUAUUAGUCCAGCAAUGUGUAAGCUAGCUGUUUGCUACCCGUUAGCAGAAUAUGUAUGUGUUCACAUUCAUUUAAGCAUGCGAGUUUAAGAUUUAACAUAGUUUAGCUGAGGGAUAGCAGAGCAUUACUUGAGCGCUAGCUGAGGGAUAGCAGAGCGUUACUUGAGCGCUAGCUGAGGGAUAGCAGAGCGUUACUUGAGCGCUAGCUGAGGGAUAGCAGAGCGUUACUUGAGCGCUAGCUGAGGGAUAGCAGAGCGUUACUUGAGCGCUAGCUGAGGGAUAGCAGAGCGUUACUUGAGCGCUAGCUGAGGGAUAGCAGAGCGUUACUUGAGCGCUAGCUGAGGGAUAGCAGAGCGUUACUUGAGCGCUAGCUGAGGGAUAGCAGAGCGUUACUUGAGCGCUAGCUGAGGGAUAGCAGAACGUUACUUGAGCGCUAGCUGAGGGAUAGCAGAGCCGCUGAACACAGCUCCUCACUGUGAUCAUAGAAACUUCAGUGUUUGGUAUUGAUAUAAAUGUUUACAGAAUAUAUAAAGAUGGUAAUGUACCAUAUAUGUGUAAAGAGGUUAUUUAUUAACCAAAAUAUGCAGCAACCCAGACUCUAGUGUGUAGUAGUGUUGUGUAUGUUGGUGUCAUGUAAUCGGGGACGCUUUGACAUGAAUAAAGUUUGUUUGAAGUUGAA